GUCAUAUUGCCGAACAGGCGUUCUCCAACACGGAAUACCUAUUUUGGUAUAUUGCCAAGUUUGGACCUCACUGUUCUGGUCUAGGUAAAUGGUAGUUUCUCCGUUCACAGUUGAGCCCUCCCUCUCGGCGUAGCCGUUACUGCCUCACUCAACGUUUCUGUCCGAAAAGGCGCAGCAAUAACAGCCAAGACGACAUGCCAUGGCCUCAACAACCGUGGCUACUCCUCCUGGGCAAAAUUGUACGCCACAUAGCGGAGGUGGCCGGAUGGCUGCUUCAGAUGCUGCAACGGCUUAGUCUGGUCCGUCGAGAUCAGAGUCGGUCAGAUCCAAGCAUUUCCCCAUCAACUGAUGCUUUGGGCAUCAUUUCCCAGUCGGAUGAUGCCUUGGACAGCCCGCCCGUCCCAUGGGACGAUGGUCAACUUGUUCCCGUCAAUACGACUUCCCUCCAGCCGGAUCGUCUCUGCCGUUCCUGCAAAGAUUGUGUGCGGAGCUGCGGCAUUGAAACACCUGCCGGUUUGCACAGCAGAAGCUAUGCCAGCGCUAUGAUGGGGAGCCCGUUCACUCCUGCUACUCGUUAUUCUUACAGCAGCUUCUCUAAAGCCCUCCGAGAUAGAUGCUUCGUUUGUAACACGUUGCUUCGGAAUAAUAAAAGAGGGAUGCCGCUUGCCAUUCCCAAAUCAGACUAGGAUCGGCCGCAGGAAGCAUCCAGCCGCAGGCAUAAUACGUGCCAGGCCUCUAACAUCAACACAUUCCAUUAUGAGUUUCUUGAAGACACUAAGAAAUUCUCUUGCUCUCUCAAGUUUGCUCUACAAUUGCCGUCCGAUUCCACGAGCACCCAUAUUUGGGAGGAAUUCAUCCUGCAGGCGGAAGGUUAUUAUGCCCGCCUCGACUUCAUCUUCCUGACAUGAUUUGAGAGAUCAUAGCUAAUUGGUCUCGGAUUCGGAAUCACGUG